UAUAUAUUUAUCGUGUGUAGUUAUAUCGCGCAUAUGUAAUUAUAUAUAAUACUAAUUGCAAUUUUGUGAGUAUGCAUGUGUGUUAGAUAAUCUUUAAUAUUUGUUCGUGUGCAUAUUUUUUAUGUGAAAUCUUUCCCCUCUUUUCGAGUUAAGAAAAUGUAGUUUAAUAAAUGUAGUUUAAUAAAUUAAGAUAGUUCUAUAACUCUGGCAACAAGUUGCAUAUUUGUCAUAGAUGUUUCAAAACUUGAAUGUUUUCGUGUAAAGUGUGAUAACAAAUAGAUGAAAUUUACAAACCAACCGAGUAUUUACCGAGUAUUUCUUGCAGUAUCGUACAACUGGUUUCGCAAACGUCGUAACACAUUUGCUCAUAGAUAUCGCUAGUGAUUUACGUUCCAGUGUUGGCAGUGGCAAUUCAAACAAACGGUACAUCUAAUGGAUCAACGAAUGCUAUUUUGUGAUAAUAAACGUUGACGUUGUAACAUCAUUUUAUUCCAAAAUAUAUGAAUUAAUGUGAUAAUUGCGAAAUCACAUACAGGGAGCAAUAAUUUGGGUUUCACGUAAAUAUGAAUUGUAUGUUACUUUUGUACAUUGUACAUUGUACAAUGUAACUUGUUUCUUAAAAACCUAAUCUAUGCAAUAUACAUACGUAGAAUUGCUAUAUUAAAACGCAUUACAUCAUGAUUUAUGACCGGAUUUUUCUUACAAUCAAAUGAGCGUUUGAUUUUGUUGAUACUAGCUUGAAAGGUGUCUGGUCUGUAGUAACAGUGCAAAUUCAAAGUUAUCUUAAUCCCGAUUUAUGUGGCAAGUCAAUGGAAAAUUUUUAGGAUUUGAUAUCAUUUGCGGUAGACGUUACAGUUACUUGAAUCUUAAAUUCGGUCAUGAUUAUUAAAAGUGUUUUAUGUGUGACACAUUACAUUACAAUUAAGUCUCUUAAGUAAAGCAUAGAUUUAAAAAAUCGAUAAACCUAUAUAACGAAUAUAACGAAUAAUCAAAGUUGACAGAUGUAAAAAUAAAAGCUUAAUAGAAAUAAAAAGCUUUAUCAAGGUGAUGAUUAAUAAACAAAAUAAAAUGGAGCAUAAACAUAUCUGAAAUGAACAUGUUCAUAUUUUUAAAGCAAAUUUUCCCUCGCUUUUAAUAGUACCAACUUGUUCAUUUUUAUCAGUAUUUUUUUAUUAAUGACAUAUUACGAGAGAAAGCUACUUGGUUAUCUUUUCGUUUGUGUACCAUCUCUUUUUCUCAUCAAAAUAUUUCCAAUAAUAUCAUUCGUUCUAUUGAGUAAUACGAAACGGUCAUUAAAACUGUUUGUUUCUUUUCGCGUGACAUUAUUAUGAAUAACAUGAUAUAAAUAUAAGGUACACGAAAAAGCGGAAAAGUUCAAAUUUUAUCAUUAAAAUGUUAAUAAUAAUUAUAAAGCAUUCUGUGCUUUUGCAUUCAAUUUGAUUUAUAAUAUUUGAUGAUUUAUUUAUUACACUUUCUGCUCUUUAAGGUAACGAGACAAAUCAUAUUUGUCGAAUAAUAAAAUCAAGUACAUGCGUAUGAUUUUAUUCGUCAAUGUAUCGUUGAUGCAUUUGCAAAUAUGCAGAAAAAAUAGUGUCUUACCGGCGCCAAGAAGCGCCUUAAUGAGUUUUAUCGACUGUUUCAUUAAGUGGAAUAUUAAGUGAUGACGUAAGUCUUAUGAUAAUCUUAUUUUCUUUUUCAUUAUUUAUGUCAACGAUGUCAAAACGAGUUGUCUGAGUCACAAGAUAAUUACAACAACGGAAGUUAUUUCACUUAGUUUCGUCAUUAUGAUAUAUUAUCAUUAACGUAGAUAAAGUCAAAUACAUUGUUAUAAACUCAUCAAUUUAAUGUCAGCACAAUGUAGAAAGAUAAGGAAUUUAUCAGCAUCACCGUCGAUUUGUGCAUUUUAAAGCAAUAAAUUUUAAAAUCUCACUAAAAAAUAAAACUUUGUGUGGAAAACAUAUAUAAACAAUAAAAUUAACGUUAAUUUAAUAAAAAAUGUAAAGAAAUAUUUAAGAAAUUAAUAAAUAUUAAGUAGAGAUGGAUUAAAAACAUUUUUUCUAGAAAAUUAAACAAGUUUUUCGUUUAUGUCAUAGAUGUAUUAUCAGAGACAUCGCGAAAAGAAAUAUAUGGUGAAAGUAAAACAUUUUUUUUAGCAAUAUCACAUUAGUGAGAAUAUUAAUUCGAAUUAUACAUCUCCCAUGAUCCGAAUAAGUCGUGAAAAUAAUAGUAUUUCUCUGGAACUCGUUUCGCUCGAGUUGACGGCAACUUCGUCGGAUGCAUAGUUUACAGAACAUUUAGCUGCGAUUUUUGCACUCGACUAGCUUGCGAUUCUUCUUUUGCGCACACCUGCAUCCAUACAUUGGCAUCGCGUGAUAGGAGCAUUUUACUGAUUUCUUGCUGAUGCACUCUAAAUGCGCCCUGUCAUUUUUAUCGACGAUAACGAAUGUCAGAAAUGAAUUUCGAUUCUGUAAGAAGACGUGAAAACGGGACGAAUAUGAUAAACUAUAAAGCUGAAAAGGCGACGUAAGAAAGGAGAUUGGACACGAAAUGAAAAUAGACGUCGUGCAAGAAUAGCAAAAGCUGAGUUUGCCAGUGGGCAAACGUGGAAGGAACUGUCACAUUCCCGGAGAAAGCUGGCGAGGGAAAACGAGCUAAAAGCGAAACGGAAAAUAGAACCAGAACGAAAGGGAGUGGACAACGAACGAACGAGAGAGAGAGAGAGAGGAGAAAGAAAGAGAGGGGGGAGAUAGGAGAGGGAAGGUGCGCAAAACCUAUUGUUUCCAAAUGCGAUACAAUGGAUUCUCGGUUGUGUUAGCUCCACGAAGGCUGGCACUUCAUUGGCCACUCGCGUUAACGCGUGCACCGGCCAAGUUUCCGUUGUCGUUUUGUACACCAAACGCAUAUCGCGUAAAUGUGCAUUGUGUACUCAGCAUUGUUUCAUGCUAAGCGAACCAUAGUAUUGCACGGGACGACAACCUCGAUCACAGAAGGAAUCCCGAAACAGCUCUGAAUCCGAGAUGACGACCCAUAUCACAUCGAUGGUGGUGGACUACCUGGUGUUUAUCGGAUUCAUCGUGAUUUCCUUCGUGAUACCGCUAUGGGGAAACUUCAAAACCAAGAAAAAAGAGACGAAAGCGAAUUAUGUGUUCGCUACUGGCAGCGUAUCGAUGGGCGCGAUGAUGCUAUCGAUCGCACGUGGAACUCUCGGCGUCAGGUCCUUUCUUGGUUACCCUUCGGAACUGUAUUAUCGAGGUAGCGCUAUGUGGGAGACUCUGUAUGGAAUGCUCCUGGCCUAUCCCAUCGUCUGUUUCAUCUUCGUACCCGUUUACUACAGCCUCGGUAUCACGUCGGUCUACCAAUACUUGGACAUGAGGUUCAAGUCAAAACUAGUCAGAUGUUUGGCGAGUUUCUCUUAUGUUGUACGGAGUCUGCUGAACUUGGCGGUCACGGUAUUCACCCCUUGCGUCGCGCUGAAAGCAGUAAUAGGGCUUCCGUACUGGGCUAGUAUCGUGGGAAUAACGACUAUUUCUGUGGCUUUCACGAUCAUAGGAGGUUUAAAAGCUGCUAUUCUAUCGGAUGUUAUACAAGGCUUAGCGAUGAUUGGUGUAUCUUUGGUAAUCAUCAUACAGGGAACUAUCAACGUUCGUGGGCCGGCCAACGUUCUCAAUGUAACUUCCGAACGCGGACGAUUGAAUUUCUUCAACUUUGACAUGGAUCCGACUCUUCGAGUAACGACAACAUCGGCAACACUAGGUCAGCUCUUCAUGAGUUUAUCUAUUUUCGGAUGUCAGCAGAAUUUUGUCCAAAGAUAUUGCAGUAUGUCGAGCCAAAGUAAAGUUGUCAAGACGAUGAUGGCCAAUAUGCCUAUAAUAAUGGUUUUGUUCUCGUUAUCGUGGAUCGUUGGAAUGGUGAUUUUUGCCAAUUAUGCUGACUGCGAUCCACUCAGUCUGGGUUAUAUUUCCAAGAUCGACGAGAUUGUACCGUUCUACAUCGAAGAUAAAUUCUCCAAUGUACCCGGAAUGCUUGGUCUGGUCAUGGCAACUCUCUUCAACAGCGCCUUGACUUUGGCGGUAUCGAAUCUCAAUUCUCUUGCGACAGUGACUUUCGAGGAUUUCCUGAGUCACAUACCCGCGAUGAGUGAUCUGAAAGACAAGCAUCAGCUUUACGCAAUCAAAAUAAUCGGCGUUAUCUACGGCUUGCUAAUAAUCGGCAUUAGUUUUUUGGUAGCUAUGCUGUCUGGCGUAAUAGAAUCUUCUAUGCUGAUGACGUCGGCGACGUCUGGACCUCUUCUCGGCGUAUUCCUCCUCGCCAUGUUGAUACCUUGUGCCAAUUGGAAAGGUGCCGCCGCUGGUAUGAUUUUUAGUCACGUAACGACAAUGUGGAUCACCUUCGGUCAUCUCAGUCUGGGCACCGUGAUCGACAUGCUACCUCUGUCGGCAGACAAUUGCCACAACGAGACGUUUUCCUCAUUCGUCACCAAACCAAUUAGUCUAGAGUAUUCUACACCGAACGUUUCUAGCUGGAUGACGAUUCAAGAAAACGAUACCCUGUCGUCUGCUGCUAUCGUCGACGUGACCGAUAAAUCGUCUAAUCCUUUAAAUGUUCUUUAUGGGAUCACCUAUAUGUAUUACGCUCUUAUUGGUAGCGUAACGACGGUCGGCGUUGGUAUCAUCGUGAGUUUAAUUACGGCUGAUGCCGAAGCUGACAAGUACCAGGAGCACUUGCUGCAUCCUAUGGCACGAAAGAUAGCGGGAUUAUUUCCCGGAAAGCAGAGGCUUUACGCCGGCAAUACUAGUCUUGCAAGUAAAAAUGAAACGGACUCUACGAAUGCUACUCUUUCCUCGGUGAUGUCUAUUCCUGAUAGUGUUGAAAAGGCAACUUCUCCUCAAGGAUGCACCGAUGAUAGGAGAAGAGUACACUUGGAUGAUGGAUACGUGGAAAAAUUAAACGCGUUGAAGAGCGCUUCCCUUGACGUAACCAAUGAAAUCGGCAAGCAUACUAAAUUAUAA